AUGGUUAAGUUUUCAAUUUCUUGGCGCAUGUUUUCUUUCAUUUGGUCUAUUACUAAGUUCAUUAAGCCACCUUGGCCUUCGAGCUCACGAAUUUGGGUUUCGUAUUUUACUUUGACUUCAGCGAUUUUUGCAGCUUUUUCAGAAAAACUUUUUUCCAUUAAGUCUUCGAGCUGGUCUUCUAGGCCGCCUAUUAAUGAAAAGCUUAAGCCUAAUCCUCCCGAUUCAUCUGCUCCUGCUUCUGCAGCUUCUUCUGCUGCUUCUACUUCAUUUUCAAUGGGUAUGAAAAGUAUUUUUUUAUUAUAAAAUAUUUUUUUUUAUUAUUUUAUCGAUAUAUAUUUUUAAUUUUUUUUCAAUGUCCAUUGAUUUACAAAGCACAUUUUCUUCCCCCUUAUAUUCCUCCUCUUCAUCAAUAUCAUAA